AUGAUGGCUUCCAGGAUGGCCGCCAGAACCCCGUCGCCGCCGCCGCCGGCAGAGGAAAUGCUGGUCCCGUCAGCGCCGCGCUACGGAUACCAAGACGACUAUUUACCCUACCCCAAACCCAGUCGUUCCACGCGAAGCUCGACUCAGCGCAACCGCACACCGUCACCUCCCACGUCUCGCCAACGGCCUCUUGCCUCACCUCGCGGUGCCAGACGAGCCAACAACCAAAGCAACGCCGCCAUGGUCUCUCCAGUCCCCUCGCCCCGCAAGAAGCGCCAGCCUCCUGCCGACAGCAGCGGUCGCAGUGUUUCCGGCUCACUUACUGCUCAGAACAUUGCAAACGCCGCCGCCGCUCUCGGCCCUUUCGAUCUUCCGCCUACCAGCAACCCAGUGACUUCUUCUGUUCGCGCCGCCUCCUCUCGCUCCGGCGGCAUGCUUCCUACACCUUCAAAAACCCCUUCAAAACCUGCCAACAAGAAGACAGCCGCUGAAAUUUCCUCCUUUGCCCGCAACCUGUUCCCUGGCGACGAUUCGGCGUUGAGACGAAAGCCCAAGUCAUAUUCUGGCAUCGGGAUGGAUAGCUUUACCGCCGACCGGGACGAUGAGCCCAUUGAGAUCUUCACGGAUACCAAGGACUCGAUUCCUGAAAUUGACACCAGCGACGACAACCCGUUUUAUACCGGCCCUGCCAAGCAAGAGACUGAGACCAGCCCACGUCGCAGCCGUAGAAAGGUUGUGAUUCCCGGUGAGGGCUCUCAGUCGCUGGAGGACGCUACUCACCGCGAAGACGGCAUGGUUUACGUUUUCCGCGGCAAGAAGUUCUGGCGUAGGUUUGCCGACGAGACUGAAGAGGAAAUGGACCAGGAAACUCGCCUUGCUCGGCCCCUUACCCGAUCUUCCGUCAAGCCACGACUGCUCUUCCCUCCCAAGCAGGCAGAACAAUCCGAGAUGGACAUGGAAGAUGAGGAGGCCGCCACUGAUGUCGAGGAUGAAGUCAAGGAACGCAUCGCUGGCCCGAUCCCCCAAACACCUGUCAAGAGCCACAAGGAGACUGCCAAAACGCCAGAGGCCCCGAGAUACGCGCCUGUAUCUCCGCCCGAAACCAGAAGAACGACCAGAUCAACCAACAAGCUCUCGGGCGAAGAAAUGCCGAUCAAGAAUCCCAAGCGUCAGGCCAGCCUGUUCGACGCAUGGCCACGCACAAAGGAGCACAAGGCGACACCCACCAAGAGAGCUGGCGAGGGCCUCGCCUCGACUCCCGCCAAGCGCACUCGCGCUUAG